GGAUUUUCUGACAACUUUAUAAAUCCUGAAAUUUAAACUUCGUUUACGUUUGUCUUAUGUUUAAUUUAAUAUAAAUAAGUAAUGAAUUGCAAACACAAUAUUUAACGAUGAAUAGUCAUUUAUUUACUUUAUUUUGUAUUGUUGUAUUAGUAAAAUCUAACACAAAUCAAGAGUUUUGUAGUAAAGAUGAUGAAUCUUGUUCAGCAGACUACAAUAAAUAUAGCAAAGAAGCUAAUGAGUGGGCGAAUAAAAUUAAAGAAAAAAUUGACUUAGCUGUCAGCCAGUAUGUUCCAUGUAAAAGUACAAAUUGUAGCUGCCAUGCAUCAGUGAUUGACCAGGACUUGGCACCAUUUAGAGAUGGCAUCACAAAGCAACUAUUCAAUAAAGCUAGAGCAAAAGCAACUAAGUACCAGAUAAUAGAUGGCAAACUAUAUAGAGAAAAGGAAUGUCAUUUUCCAGCAAGGUGUGCAGGAGUGGAGCACUACCUGACUGCACUUGCACCAAAAAUGCCUGAUUUAGAACUAGCUCUAAACACCAGAGAUUGGCCCCAAGUCAACCCAGGAUGGGGCCAUCCAAAGGCGCCAGUUUUUUCUUUCAGUAAGACAAAAGAUUACUAUGACAUAAUGUAUCCUGCCUGGAGUUUCUGGGAAGGGGGACCGGCAAUAUCUUUAUAUCCCACAGGGAUAGGCAGAUGGGACAAACACAGAAUCUCUAUUUCAAAAGCUGCUGAAAAGUGGCCAUGGGGAAAAAAGGAAGAGAGGGCAUUUUUCCGUGGAUCUAGAACAAGCGAAGAACGAGAUGCUCUUAUAUUACUCUCUAGAUCUGAGCCUGAUCUUGUAGAUGCUCAGUAUACAAAAAAUCAAGCCUGGAAGUCAGAUAUGGAUACACUUUAUGCACCACCGGCUUCAGAAGUACCAUUUGAAGAUCAUUGCAAAUAUAAAUAUGUUUUCAACUACAGAGGAGUUGCUGCCAGUUUCAGAUUCAAGCAUUUGUUCCUCUGCAAGUCUUUGGUGUUUCAUGUUGGUGAUCAAUGGCUUGAAUUUUUUUACCCAUCACUAAAACCUUGGGUACAUUACGUACCUAUCAGCACAGAUGCAACCCAAGAAGAGAUCAAAGACUUGAUCAAUUUCUUCAAAGAAAAUGAUAGUUUAGGUAAUGAAAUCGCAAACAGAGGAUUCCAACAUAUUUGGGAUCAUUUGACUGAUAAAGAUGUAAAAUGUUAUUGGAGGAAGCUUCUAAAGAAGUAUGCGAAACUUCUGAAAUAUGAUGUAGUAAAAGAUGUUGAUCUGGAAUUAAUAACAGCGUAAUUAAACCUACUUGCUCAUAAAAGGUUUUGUUUUAUUGUUGAAUGAAUAACUAAUGAAAAAUUGGAUUAAAAUAAUCUAUGGAGUGGCAGUAGAGGCAUCCACUAGCAUUAUUCACGCCUACAGCGCCAGACCAUAGCUGUAAGUCACAAGUAGUGAAUUAUAGCGACAAUCAUAGAUAACAAAGGCCAGAAAGUUCAUAGUUUAGUGUUUGAUCAAAGUAUAGUAUACCAGCACUUUUUAGAAUUAAGCAAAAUAUUGUAAAAUUAUAUACAAAGUGAAGUAGUAAACAAUUUAUAAUUUAUACACUACCCUACUUGUCCACCUGCUCUCCCUUUUAUCAUUUUUUCGAAUAUGUACGUCAUAAUUUUAUUCCAACACUGUUUACGGUGAUUUGGUAAAUAUAAAUACCGUUUUUUUAUAUAUUGAUUUAUUUCUGAAAUACAUUUUACAAUCUCAAGUGUCGAGACAUUGAAUAUUACAGCUCAGUAUUUCAUGGAAUUAUAAAAAUAUUUAUACAUAUGUAAUAUAAAAUAUGCUUACCUACCGAAGAUGCAUUAAAAUUCAUAUUCUUACUAAGUAACAGAGGGUAUUAUUAUAGCGAUACAGUUCUCAUUCAAUUAUCGACUCACUUGGUGGGUAGGUCACACUGCAGGGUCCUCGUCAAUUGAAUUUAGAUAAUUACAAUAUUAAAUUGUACCUAUGUAAUAAUAAAAUAACAUUUUUCAUUUCGUUCACAUCACUAUUUGGAUCGUUCUCUUUCUUCCCAUCUUUGAGUAUGUAUUUAGAUUAUAAUACUCUGUCCCAAAUACGGCGUUAUAUCAGUCUCAAUAUUACGUAACUCACACCAACGUUAUUAUUUUUGUAACUACCUAAAAUUAUAAAAAGGCACUUUUGUCGCGUUCUGAGAUUAUUCCUUAGUAAUUAAUAUUUUUGAUUAUUAUUCAACCAGAUGUCAGGAUGUAAAAUUAUAUACUUUAAUCUAUGCUUCAUAAUACCGAAUAUUGAAAAUAUGUAUAAAAUAAAA